AUGGUUCUGAAUGAGCUCCUACCCGGCCUCUUGCUUCUGCUCUGGCUGCCCGCCAGCCUGGCCCGCCAUGGCCCCCCGCUCUGGGGGGGGCCCCACCCCCACGGGACCCCACGCUGCUACUCGGCCGAGGAGCUGCCCCUCGGCCAGGCCCCACCACACCUGCUGGCUCGAGCUGCCAAGUGGGAGCAGGCUCUGCCUGUAGCCCUGGUGGCCAGCCUGGAGGCGGGGGGCCGCAGAAGGCGGCAUGACGAGCCCCCGGCUGGGACCCAGUGCCCGGUGCUGCGGCCUGAGGCGGUAUUGGAAGCCGACAUCCACCAGCGCUCCAUCUCGCCCUGGAGAUACCGCGUGGACACCGACGAGAGCCGCUACCCGCAGAAGCUGGCCUUCGCCCAGUGCCUGUGCAGGGGCUGCAUCAGCGCCAAGACGGGCCGGGAGACGGCCGCGCUCAACUCCGUGCCGCUGCUGCAGAGCCUGCUGGUGUUCCGCCGCCGGCCCUGCUCGCGGGACGCCUCGCGGGUGCCCACACCCGGGGCCUUCUCCUUCCACGCCGAGUUCAUCCGCGUGCCCGUCGGCUGCACCUGCGUCCUGCCCAGGUCGGCACAGUGACCAGCGGCCUUGGCCGUCUUCGCUGGACACGCUGGACGGUCGGCGUCUCUACGAAGAGGACCCCUCCUAUUUAUGUGUAUUUAUUGGUUAUUUAUUUGCCCCCUGGGGUCCCCGGGCAGGUCCCGAGGCUGCAGGCCUCGGGGCUGAGGAAUGGCGGUGGAGACCAAGCAAGGGCAGAGCGGUGUCCCUGGGGCCUGUGGGGGCACCCACCUCGAGACUCGGUCUACCCUUUCUGCACAGACAGUUGGGAUAGAAGGAAUCGUUU